AUGGUGCGGGAGUUCAAGUACGCACUGGUCUGGGGCGUCAGCGCCAAGCACUACCCGCAGCGAGUGGGGCUGUCCCACCAGCUUGCUGACGAGGACGUCAUCCAGGUGGUGAAGAAGAAGGUCUUGGAUGCAGAGGACGGCCGCGGGCGCUUCAAGACGACCAGCGACAAGCCGCUGCGCAUCGCGGACAGGGAGAAAAAGGCCGCCCUCAAGACCUGA